UGUCUGAUGGAGAAUCGAAUUUUUCUGAAGGGGAUUCUCCUUGGGGUGAUUUUGUCGCUAGCACUUCCGGUGUGGAUCAGAGGUUCUAAUAUCCAACCAGGUAACAAGAAAGACACAUGGUCAGCGUGGCUGUCGUGUAGUGAAUCUUGUGACGGUGGACUGCAAUCUAGGGCCCGGGAUGUGUGUCCACCUGAACUCGAGAACACCUGUACAGUAAUCGAGAGUCGUAGAUGUAACGAAUUUUCUUGCGAUGAAAUACCAAGUUCAUCAUCGCCACGUUCCAUAGUAACAACCUCUUUGGGCACCAGUGCGCAUGCCCAGAAGAAGUUUCUGACGAGUUCUUCAUCUGUUCCUUUCACAACUCGACCUGGUUUUGAACGACGCCUCGCUUCAAUGCUCCGACAUAGACAUGAUUUGGCAUGCUUUUGAGGCACGCAGGCAGUGCAGUGUGUAGCUGGGUGUGUAGGUCUUAAUGUACUUUGAUUUGAAAGACAAACAUAUAGUGGAAUUCAAUUAUAAGUUAUUGAAUAACAUAUCAUGUAAUACUGCAUAUAUUAGCAAAUGGAAAAAGAUGUAAAAAAUGAAUGUACGCAUUGUAAGCAAUUUGAGACUAUAAAA